GUAGUUUGUCGCCGCGCACCACCGCUGAUGACAACGCGUUACGCCGCCGUCUGAACGCACGUCCACGCGAUUCUUUUGCCGACGCCGCCGCUGCCACUUCUUCCGUUGCCGCCGCCGCCGCCGCCCGUCGAAUGACUUGUUGAUCGCGUUCGGGCGGUGGUGACUCUAUACUUUGGUGCUGCGGUGGUGCACUGGCCGCUGUCCGUGCGUGUGCAUCAUAAGUGCAUAAGUGUGGGGGUGGGGGGCUACCUCGAAAAUGGAACCGACGCCGGCCGCGAACGCGUACGAGAAGAACACGUUGCAGUACCGGUAUGAGACUUGCAUCAACUUGUCGGUGGAAGCGGCCAACAGCGUGCCCCUGUGCAGCAACAACGUCACUUACGAUCUGUACGGCGACAACAGCACGGACGACGAAAUAGCCCGGGUGGAACAAAUCGUUUCGUUGGCCGUGCCCAUACUGUUCGGCAUCAUCGUCGUGGUCGGACUUCUGGGCAACUUACUGGUGGUCAUCGUGGUGAUGGCCAACCAACAGAUGCGGAGCACGACCAACUUGUUGAUCAUAAACCUGGCGCUGGCCGACCUGUUGUUCAUCGUGUUCUGCGUGCCUUUCACCGCGGUCGACUACAUGCUGCCGUACUGGCCGUUCGGCGACGUCUGGUGCAAAAUGGUCCAAUACCUGAUCGUGGUGACCGCCUACGCCAGCGUCUACACCCUGGUGCUCAUGUCGCUGGACCGGUUCUUGGCCGUGGUCCAUCCCAUAGCGUCCAUAUACGUGCGCACCGAAAGAAACGCGUCGUCCGCCAUCAUGGUCACGUGGGUGUUGAUCGUCUUGCUAGCGUUGCCCGUGCUGGAGAGGCACGGUGAAGUCACCUAUGUGUUCUCCAGCAUCGAGCAUACCGCGUGCAUAUUUCUCGACAUGGACCCCAAGACAAGACCGUACGGCUACAACAAGCCGGCCUAUCAGAUAUUUUUCUUUCUGACUUCGUACGCCAUACCCCUGGCGCUGAUAUGCAUCCUGUACGUUUUGAUGUUGAUGAGACUGUGGAAGGGCGUGAACCCGGGCGGUCAACCGCCAUCCGCCGAGAGCCGUCGAGGCAAGAAACGCGUUACCAGAAUGGUCGUGGUCGUGGUAGCGAUAUUUGCCUUUUGUUGGUUUCCCAUCCAAGUGAUUUUGGUUUUAAAAAGCAUAAAUUACUACGAAAUCACCGCCAUCAGUGUUGUGGUGCAGAUUGUCAGCCAUUGUCUAGCUUACGCCAAUUCGUGUCUGAAUCCAAUAUUAUAUGCGUUUCUGUCUGAGAAUUUCCGGAAAGCAUUCAGAAAAGUAAUAAUCCCUUGGAGGCCCGAGGUGAACAUGCAAGGAAGAUUCGCCAACGGAGAUGCCAGGUCGAUGGCUGUUACUAGGACGACAAGAACGAACAACGAUAUUCUCUGAGACACUAGAGUGUGAAAUGGCUUAGCACAAAGCUAUUUAAGGAUCCGGCCAGAGAAACGACUAGUCAUACAAACUGAGCUCAACUGAAAGAAACCAUAUAAUAUACAUAUUGCAUGUUAUUUAGUGAAUACAAUCACUAUUUAUCGACUAAGAAUUAGCAAUGAUAUUAUUAUGUUUAAGUUCGUUUAUUGUUAUAGAUAAUAAAAUUAUUAUAUUUAGGUAACCACAAAAAAGAUUGAUUUUAAUUGUUGCUUUAUAUUAUAAUUAUGAAUUUGAUAUCAAUAUAUUGGAAAAUCAGAUAAUCAAAUGCCUUAGGUAUUCAUGGUGUAAAUAAAAACACAUUGUUUAAUAAAUAAAUAACUAGUUAUCAUAAUAAUUAAUAAUAUUAUGUCAAACUCUAUUUAAUGAAUAAAAA